AUAAAUAUCAGAUACCACACUCAAAAAGUCUUAUAAUGAGUUCCAUUCCACACCCUUCAAGCAAAACAGCAUUGCAUAGUGAUGAAGAGAGAGAGAGAAGUUGAUAGCAUAACCAUGGCCAACUACUUGAUGUUGCUUUCUCGAGGAGGUGAAGUAAUUGGGAACAUCAACUACUUGAACUCUUCCAACAACCGUGUGUUUGAGUGCAAGACAUGUAACAGGAAGUUCCAAUCCUUUCAAGCAUUGGGUGGCCACCGUGCGAGUCACAAGAGGCCAAGGUUGAUGGCAGAGUUUGAUAACCAAAACCAAGUUCAUGUUCAUCAUCAUGCUUCACCACCAAAGCCUAAGACACACGAGUGUUCCAUUUGUGGGUUGGAGUUUGCAAUAGGACAAGCUUUGGGAGGCCACAUGAGGCGCCAUAGAGCAGUAGCAACAGCAUCAAAUGAAAACAUAAACACUAGUGUUCAUAUUACUUCACCAAGCAACAACAAGGUUAACAACACCAAGAGAAUUUUGUUUCCUGAUUUGAAUUUGACUCCUAUAGAGAAUGAUUUGGAGUUUUUGAAGAUUACUCAAGUAACUCCUUUGGUUCAUUGCUCCAAUUGAAUUAAUUCAUUCCUGUAACGUAUAGCUUGUAGUGUACCAUAUAGUUACAACAUUACUUUUUUCUUCCUUUUUUGUAUUUCACUUUUAAGUAAAUUCAUUCUUCAGUUCUUAGAUAUAUAUAUAAGAAAUUCGUGUUUGUAAAAACAAAUAAAAAGUGUUGAUGUAUAUUUUUCCUUA